AUGGAUGAACAAGCAGCUCCUGCAACCUACACUAUCGCUCCAGUUCCACCGAACGAGUACUUGUCCGAACGAGAAGCAGAAGGAGCCAUCCACCAGUGGACUAGAGCGCACAACUACAACGUGUCACGUCAGAAGGUUGAGAAGAACAAGAAGGGGAAAUUCGCUACAGACUUUUCGCCUGUGACCGCUCGGGGAAACCCAAAAACACAAGAAAAAUAG